AUGUGUAACUGUGGAGACAUCAAAAAAGAAUUGAUAGCGUGUAUGUUAAAUGCUGUCAACGAACACCUCGCCCAUGCUGCAGGGGUAGAAAGGGCCAUAGCAAAGGCAGCCGGUCCGGAAUUUGUGAUGAAGAGUAAGGAGUCUGCUGUGUGCCUUCAGACUAUAUCCACACGAUCUAAAUAUAAUGGGUAUUUUAAACAGAAUAUCGUGAGCAAUGCAGAUAAAGUUCAGGAUGAACCACUCCCAAAAAGCUACAAGGAACCAACAGUUUCAGAGACAGACCCGUCCACAGAUAAAGGUCCUUCCAAAGAAUCAACAAAAGGUGAUUUGGAGCUAGUUAACACAAUAGAAUUACCAAGUUCACUAAAGAAAGAAUUUGAUGCAUUGCAGAUGAUUGUUCCAACAUUAAAUAUUCGACUGUCGGAGAGCGGCGAAAUCUUAAUAAGAUACUUUGAUGAAAAACAAUUCAUGCUAAGAAACAUUUGUACUCUGAUUUCCAAAAUCCCCAGAGACAGUAAAAGAAUCUCAAACAGUCUGAAUGUAAGUAAAGCGGAUUUAGAUAAGUUUAUACAUGAAGAACAAACUUCCAAGACUUGUUUGGUUCGUUAUCAUCGCUACAUGGACCAGGAACCUCUCUAUGUAUUUUGUUGGAUUCACAGACAUUUGGUAAUAAUACUGUCUUAUGGAAAUGCAACAAAUACUAGUUGCGAUGCACUUCUGAAAUGGAUCCCAUGUGGCCUUGAAAAGAAAGAUGGGACUUCUGAAAAAGAAUAUACUAUAGGUUGGUUCAAUGAAGAUAAACAGAAGCCUUUUGAUGCAACAUGCAAAGAAUUCCUUCAUGUUGAGGCAAAUUACAAAGAAAUCACCGAAAUUCCGAGGCAUGUCUACAAGAAAAUGGAAAUCCGGAAUAUUGCCAGUGUAUGUGUGCCUCUUACGGGUUCAGAAACAAUUCUUAUAAAACGUUUUGUAGAAUAUUUUUCGAGGAAAGCAAAAAAGGGGAGAAUUCAAGAGAGGUUAUUUCUCGAGUUGUGCAUUCCUACAGAACUUAAAAUGGACGAAAAAUUAUGUAAUAUGAAGGAUUGCAUAGAGAAAUUUAUGGAUAAGAAAAUGUUUCAGACUGUGAAACUCUCUGGAAUCAAUAUUAAUGACCUUUCUCAAGAUCAAGCAAUACCCAUUUCAAUAGAAAUAAGUACUGAUUCCAUAGAAAAUGUCGCGAAGAAGGUAGACGUUUUUGUCAAUUCAAGCAAUCCUGAUCUUGCCAUGGACAGAGGGUUUAUCUCGACACAAAUUCUUAGACUUGGAGGAAAAGCCAUCCAAGACGAAUGCAAUGAAAUAAAGAAAAGGGGCAAGCUGUCUUACGGAGACAUUUGUAAAACGUCUUCUGGACGCCUCUCUUGUAGAAAAAUAUACCACGUAGCUCUAUAUUCUGAGUGGGUUCCGGUAUGCAAGAUCUCUUUGCGGAUAUUAACAUCAUUAAUGUUAAUCUGCCUGAAAGAGAUGGAAAAAGAUAAUUACACAAGCAUUGCUUUUCCUGCACUGGGAACAGGGAGGUUAGGCUAUCCUUACUUUCAGGUUGCUAUGAAAAUGUUUAAUGUGGUGAGGGCAUACGGACGAGAAAAUCCCGACACAAAGAUAGAAAAAGUCCUAUUUCUGGUUCAUGAUCAGGAUACAAUAUGUAAACACACAUUUGGUCAUGUUAUGGAAGCCCACCGUCAGUAUAUAAAACUAGAAGAAGAUGACUUCAUAAAAAAAACCUACAAAGAAAUAUGGAUACCCGCAAGAAGGCUUACAGUGCAGAUAUGGCCUGAAAAAGCUUUGCUAGGAACACCUAGCGUUAAAAUUGUAGAGGCAUAUUUUGUAUUUGUUCAAAACGCUGCAGUGAAAGGGUUCGGUUAUCAAUGUCGACUCAGUGUGAAUUUGAUAAGUGUGGGAAGUCAAAGCGAAUUGGACGAAGGAAUAGCUGUCUUGAAGGACACAGUAAACAAACAUAGAUUUACAUCGGUGUUAGUAGAUAUUAAAGAUAUAGCUCUCCUGGACACAUACAGCACAGUGGUGGAAUGGUUUGUGAAUCUACCUUUCGUGGAGUCUCUCCAGCUUGUGGUCUCUACAGAAGUCUUUAAUAAUUUGAAUCCAGAAAAAAAAUUAGAGAAAAAAGAUCACAAGCUGUCGGAAUUAGUUCUUUGUGUUUGGGGAAGCCGAUACAAAGAGGUCAUGGAAGAUCUUCAAAGAAUCAUACAUGGAUAA